AAAUAUUUUUUUGUUACGAAAACAAAUUAUUUGAGAGAUUCCUUUGUGAAUCACAAUACAAUCCGUAGCUCAACAAUUUUCGGUAAUCAUCUAGUUGCAUUUCCAGCAACAGGCUCCAGGAAGUUAUCUGAACCGAACGAUGCGUCUGUUGAUUUCGAUUUUAAUUGUUUAUAGUUCGAGCUACUCCAGUUGCCAAGAUUGUUCGGAUGCGAAUGAGGAGUGGAAUCAGUUUAAGUUAAGAUACGAAAAAACCUACCGCAACAUGCGAGAAGAACUUCAUCGCAAGAGCAUCUUUUCCGAAAAUUUAAAAUCAAUCUGUGAACACAAUGUACGGUUCCAGAACCACCUGGAAACAUACGAAAAGGGAGUGAAUCUUUUCGCUGACAUGGAUUUCGAUGAAUUUCGAAGUACACAUUUGGGUUUCAAUUCAAAAAUGAUGAAAUUGGCAAAUUUUAAUAAUAUCCCGUGGGAUACGUCGAAUCGACGUUCUGACAUUCCUAACCAAGUCAAUUGGAUUGAGGAAGGAGCAGUUAGUCGGGUCAAAAGACAAGGUGCAUGUGGAGCCUGUUAUGCUUUCUCCGCCAUUGGAAGUAUUGAAGCCCAACUAUUCAAGAAGUACAAUGUACUGGUUGAAUUGUCUGCUCAAGAAAUAGUUGACUGUACGAUCAACUAUGGAAAUGAGGGAUGCAUUAGUGGCGUCAUGUCACAGUCGUUCGACUACAUCAUCAAAAAUGGUAUUGCAAGUGAAAGUGACUAUCCCUACUCUGGCAAGAACGAAUCAUGUUCCGUAAAAAAAUUGAAAAAAGUUUCAAAAAUCCGAGGAUAUGUGCAGUUGCCACCUGGCGAUGAAAACUUUUUGAUGAAAGCGAUUGCCAAAAUUGGACCAAUCUCUGCGGCAAUGGAAGUGACGAACAAUACACGACAGUUUGUCGGCAAGUCUGUACUCUAUGACAAAACGUGUCACCGUAGUAGUGACUACAUGAAUCACGCUGUAUUGAUUGUCGGUUAUGGUGAGUACAAAGGGUUGGAGUAUUGGCUAAUUAAAAACUCGUGGGGUGAAUCGUUUGGCGAUAAAGGGUACGCAAAAAUAGCUCGGAAUAAAGGGAAUCAUUGCAAUAUAGCUACGGAUGUGUCGUUUCCGGUUUUGUAAUUUUUAGAAAACACAGUUUAAGGAAAGGAAUGGAAGUCAAACAAGCAAGUCUCAUGGAAUUUCUUUGUUCAAAAAAAUAGAAAAUCGAGUCAUCAGAUCGCCUUAUUAUAAUUGUUAACAAAAUAAGAAAUUUACAAAACAUUAAAUCGGUUGAAAAGCCACGUACAUCCUUUACCAUUCGCAUUAUGCAGGUUUUUUGUAACCACCCGGUCUUUCCUCGGGAAGUAAAUGAGAGAAUG